UUUCCCUUUAUACGAGCGUUUGCCCUCUUUUGAGAAAAAAAAAAAAUAGCAAUCUUUACACAGCUGGGAGGCAUCGCACGUGGCAGUCUCAGCCUGAAUUAAAUUUUGAUGCCCUAUGCAUGGCACAUACGUCACACUAAUCUAAGCCACUUCUCACCCCUUUACUCUUUAUAAACUCACUUCUUUCUUUAACUACUCCACCCUCAAAUCAUACCAAAAUCAUACACACUAUUCUCCGCCUUUUACAUAGUCUUCCCCAUGGCAGUCUCCGUUGAUCCUCUCGUUGUUGGUCGAGUUAUUGGCGAUGUCGUCGACAUGUUUAUUCCUACUGUCACCAUGUCUGUCUACUAUGGUUCCAAGCAUGUCACCAACGGCUGUGACAUAAAGCCAUCUACGGCAAUCAACCCUCCUAAAGUUAGCAUCGAUGGCCAUUCUGAUGAGUUUUAUACUUUGGUGAUGACUGACCCCGAUGCUCCAAGUCCCAGCGAACCAAGCAUGCGUGAAUGGAUUCAUUGGAUCGUUUCAGACAUUCCUGGUGGAACCAACCCCACUCAAGGAAAGGAGAUCCUGCAGUACAUGGGGCCGCGCCCUCCAGUAGGCAUUCAUCGCUAUAUUCUAGUGCUAUUCCAACAAAGGGGUCCAUUGGGGCCUGUGCAGCAACCAGCAUCACGGACUAACUUCAAUACUAGGCGUUUUGCUGAACACCUUAACUUGGGUCUGCCUGUGGCUACGGUCUAUUUCAACGCUCAAAAAGAGCCCGUCAGCCGAAGGCGUUGAGUGUUGACUGAAU